AUGAGACUCUCAUACUCUGCUCUCUUGUUCGCAGCCUCUCUCGCUUCUGCGGCUGAUACUCCUUGCAAUCCUACCACGCAAACAUGUAGCCCCGUUCCAGCCCUCGGAACUUCUUUCGCUGAGAACUUCCUGUCGCCAUCCAAGUACUUCUUGGAGGUCAACAAGAACGGCUUGGACUACUCGGACAACGGCUUGGCCUUCACCAUCAACAAGAGAUUCGACAACCCCUCCAUCAAGUCUGACUUCCAGAUCAUGUUUGGUAAGGUCGAGGUCGAGUUCAAGGCUGCUGCAGGUCAGGGAAUUGUCUCCUCCUUCUACCUCCAAUCCGAUGACUUGGAUGAGAUCGACUUGGAAUGGACCGGUGGUGAUGUCAUGGAGGUUCAAUCCAACUGGUUCUCCAAGGGUCAAACCACCACUUGGGACAGAGGUGGAAAGCACGCUGUCUCCAGCUCUGCUAUGGAAAACUACCACUCCUACGGAAUUGAGUACACCAAGGAUCAAGUGACCUGGACCAUUGACGGCAAUGUUGUCAGAACUUUGUUGCCAAACAACGGCCAAGGUUUCCCUCAAAGUCCUAUGUACAUCAUGGCUGGUGUCUGGGCUGGUGGCGAUCCAUCCAACCAACCUGGUACCAUUGAGUGGGCUGGUGGUUUGACUGACUACUCUAAGGCUCCAUUCACCAUGAACAUCAAGAGCGUUAAGGUUGCUGACUACUCCACUGGUUCUCAAUAUGAAUUUACUGACAAGACCGGUACUUGGCAAUCCAUCAAGUCUAUUGGCGGUGAGGUCGAUGGUCGUGAGCAAGAGGCUAUUCUGUCUUGGGGCAGUCUUAAGGCUGGCUCUAACCCAGGAAACGCUUCUUCUUCCUCUGGAUCCUCCUCUGCUUCUUCUUCUGCCUCUUCUUCUGCUUCUUCUUCUAGCUCUGCUUCUUCUUCUUCUAGCUCUGCUUCUUCUUCUAGCUCCGCUGCCUCUUCUAGCUCUGCUGUCUCUUCUAGCUCUGCUUCCUCUUCUAGCUCUGCUUCCUCUUCUUCCUCUUCUUCUGCUAGCUCUACCUCCUCUAGCUACAACACCACUUCUGUCUCCAGCUCCAGUUCCGCUGUUACUAUCACUAGUGCUACUUUGUUGCCAACUGCCUCGUCCUUCACCAACACUACCUCUAAGAUCACUAGUACUCCUGUGACUUCUGCUGGUCCAACCACCAUCAUCUCGUCCUCGACUACUACCUCUUCUUCUUCCUCUUCUCCAUCUAUCACUACAGCCAACGCUGCUUCUGCUGUCUACAACAGCUUGAUCCUCUGCGUUCUUGCACUUGUAUGCAAUGGUCUUUAG